CGCACAACAGCGAGCCAAAAAAACUAAAGACGAGAACAACGCUAACAAAUAUUGUAGUUUCGUGUAAUCCGAAUUGUGCCGACUGUCGAAUAACACACAAAAUCGAAAGCGCAUUUUGUUAUUACUGGCCAAGGAUAAAACGUCACGACAAAAUUGAAUUGGAUUGAACCAUCGUUCUGCCGUUCACCGUCCAUCUUUUCAAUUGUGAGCGCAGAUAUUGAAACAAAACCAACAAGUCAAGUGUCCAAGGCAAUUGACUCAUCAUUUCAUUGAUUGCGACUUGUGGUUCAAGAUUACGAGCCUGUCAAGUUACGACACUCCAUUCAAUCAGCAAUGGCUCAGCGCGACCGGAUGAUGACGACAUACCUGAGAUCAGCCAUCACGGCAAUGAUGCUACUCCUUCUCACCUUCCCAUCAAUGCAAACAGGGACGUCUUCGGGACUUGUUAUGGCGGCUGAUACCUCGGCAGGAACAACUUGCACUUUUACAUCGAGGAAUUAUGCGGUCGGUGAUGUCUGGUAUCCGCGACUGGGUCAACGAGGAGCCCUUCAUUGCGUCGCUUGCAUUUGCCAAGAGGGUGGUAAAAUCAACUGCACCAUCCACGAAUGCGGUGGAGAGGAGUGCACCUCGCCGGAUUCUGCCGCCACUAACGAAUGCUGCAUUCACUGCGCAAAAGAGGCAAAAUCAUCGACUUUGAUGGCUGCAUCAACACGUCCUGCCUCUCUCUAUCCGGAUGAAAUACCAGUCUCUUCGUUUUCCUCUUCGGAUCUGAGUGGCAGUUCGACGUCACCUGGCGUCACCUGCUUGCACAAUGGCAACGUUUACCGUCACAAGGAGCGUUUCACGUCGACCAGCAUCGGCCUCAAACCGGAACAUCCCAACCAAUGCGUUCAAUGCUCCUGCGAGGGCGGAAUGGUGAUGUGCCAACUCAAAGAUUGCCCUAAAGCCGACUGUGAAAAGCCGAUCCGGACCAAAGACGAUUGCUGCCCUGUCUGUCCAGAUCCAGCUGGUAGAGUGGACGAAAUGGACAAUUCCCCCGUUAUUAUUCAACAGCAGACGGAUGGAGCAAGCGGGAAAAUGGAAGAUUGUAUCUCCGGUGGCCGAUAUUACCUGCACGGGACAACUUGGCAUCCGGUGAUGGGUCCAUUUGGACCAAUGGACUGCGUCAACUGCCAAUGCAGAUCCGGUCGGAUCGAGUGCCAACGUCUGGAAUGUCCCAGCCGGCCGGCACUCAACUGCGAAAGACCAGUCAAAGUGGCCGGCCGCUGCUGCCCGGUCUGUCCGCUCAUUGAAGGAGACAUUCAAGGCCCCGUGACGCCUUUGCUCUCGUCUUCGCCCAUCACUGGGACGCGGUCCAACAUUCAAGGAACAUCUGGAAUUGACAGUAGCAGCAAAAUCAGGACAUCUAAUCGACCUUUGCUGCCCAGUUCCUCGUCUUCGCUCAUCAAGUCCUCCACCCAUCAUGCCAACUUUACGCUGUGCUUGCCCAAAGAAUACGACGUCGUUGUCUACCGCGCACAAGGAGGCGGCAAUGCUUCUGAAUUCAUUCAGUACAUCUUCCAGCAAGUGGUCAACGGCUAUGCCAUUGAACACCAUCUAUGGAUGCUACAGCCCACGGUGACAACUUACAAAGUCCAAGAUCUGACCAAGGACCAGUCUGAGGCUCUACGUCAACGUUUUCGCUUCGUCCUUCUUGGUGCCACAGCAAAAAAACAUGUCAAACGAUUCACCAAGCGCGAGAAGAAAUUGAAACCAAAGUGUUUGCCGAACUCCGGUUGCCCAAAGAAGAUCCGUCGUCUUGAACGGAACCUCGUUCUCCAGGAAGUCACCAGCCGCAGAGCGUGUUUACCAAUCGAAGUGGAAGCCAACACUCGCUGAAUACUCAUCGUUAACCUCGUUUCAUUUCGGGUCGUCGUAUAUCGCGAUUCGAAUGCACUCAUACGAACUUCCAACGACUUGCAAUGGCAACUGAAAUGCAAUCCAAAAACAAAACGCGGCUCUCUGUUACUGAAAUUUCAGUUGUACGAUCGCAAUGCAUUGGCCGUUCCAUCUUCUCUAGAAAUCAAAUGAUCUUUAACGACAUUUUAUGCGACAAUAAGCAAACUAUUUAUCUUAACUGUCUGGUACAUUCUUUUUGUCUUGUUAACUGUAUAUGAUUUUUAAAAAUAUUUGGAUGGAAGUCGUGCAAGGCUCAUGUGUGCCUGACAUAGUAACCUGGUAUAAGUGAUAUCAUCCCCUCCACUCUCUUCUGCCUGUCAUUUUGCUUACUUCAUUCUUUUUUUACCAAUAUCGCUACAUAUAUUCGUUUAAAAAUA